UAGCAAUGUGAAGCAGCAGUCUGUCUUUCUGGGUUUGCAUAUUCCUAACACAGUAGCAAACUGAAGCAACUAUCUGCCGUUCUCGAUUUGCAUAGUAAUGGAUCUCAAUGUGAGUGUUUCUGCAAUAGGACUUACAAUCUUAUUGUUUACUGUAUCGCUGUCCGUUCUCUUGGGAUUGGGGAAGAAAAAGAAUAGGAGAUUUGGUUUGCCAGGACCAUUUGCGCUGCCAAUCAUAGGAAACCUCCAUCAGUUGGGAGCUCUUCCUCACCGUAGUCUGCAGCGGCUGGCUGAGAAACAUGGGCCAAUCAUGUCGAUGAAGCUGGGUUCUCUAUCCGUCGUGGUUGCGUCUACUUCUGAGGCGGCCAAGCAUUUUCUAAAAACCCACGACUUGGUUUUUGCCAGCAGGCCGUCUACUGCCGCCGCCAAAUACUUGUUUUACAAUCAAAAGGAUAUCGUGUUUGGUCGUUACGGAGAUUAUUGGCGAAACAUGAGAAAAUUAUGCAUGAUGGAGCUGCUGAAUGUCAAGAGAAUCGAGUCGUUCCAAGGCGUGAGGGAGGAACAGGUGCUGGCGAUGGUCCGAUCCAUCUGGGAGAAGAGCGAGGAGGGCAAAUUGGGCGUGGAUGUGAGCCAGACCGUUGCCUGCUACAUCUCCGAUGUGAUGUGGCGAAUAUUGACGGGGAAGACAAAUACCGACCGCCUCUCUAGUGGGACAGCGUUUGAGGACUUGGUUUGGGAGGGUAAUUUCUUGAUGGGCGCUAUUAAUAUUGGCGAUUUCAUUCCUUGGUUGGAUUGGCUUGACUUGCAGGGGCUGAAGCGACGUAUGAAGAAUGUCCAGCAUCGCUUGGAUGCUGUGUUCGACAAGAUAAUAGAUGAACAUGUAGAGCACAAGGGGAGGCGCAGCGCAGAGGAGGGGGAGGAGGAACGGCAUAAAGACUUGAUUGAUGUGCUUGUGGAUAUGGAUAUCACAGAUGAAGAUAAGAAGGGUAUCAUUAUGGAUAUGUUUCUUGGUGGAAUAGAGUCAUCGGCUAUCACAUUAGAAUGGGUAAUGAGUGAGUUAGUGAAAAAUUCAUAUGUGAUGAAGAAAUUACAAGAAGAAAUUGAUUUUAUAGCUAAUAAGAAUGAGAAAAUUGCAAUUUCUCAUAUUGCAAGCAUGGAAUACUUGCAUUGUGUGGUGAAAGAGACAUUAAGAUUGCAUCCAAUAGGCCCCUUGCUCGUCCCCCGUGAAUCCACGGAAGCUUGUAUUGUUAAAGGACCUCAUCAUGACUACUCAAUACCAGCAAAAACAAGAAUUAUCAUUAAUGCUUGGGCGAUAGGAAGAGAUCCAAGUGUAUGGGAAGAUCCCUUGGAAUUUAGGCCUGAGAGAUUUAUGGGUAAAAAUUUUGAUAUGGUCAAAGAUCAAGAUUUAAGAAUGAUUCCCUUUGGGUCUGGAAGAAGAGGCUGCCCUGGUGCUUCCAUGGCCAUUGCCAAUAUUGCAAUUGCAUUAGUACACCUUGUCCAUUGUUUUAAUUGGAAAAGUGAUGAGGAAUUAGACAUGAAUGAAUCUUUUGGAUCCACCAUUCCUAGAAAAGAGCAUCUCUUCGCUAUUCCAACUUGGAGGUUAAGUGAGAAUGCGCCUUCUUCUCUCAAAAUAUGAUUACUAUAAAAAUAUUUCUUAUAUGUUCACUUGAAACAUAAUAAUUAUAAAUAAAUAUUCUUCCUAUUAUGGAAUGAAUAUAGACUCCAUAUGUAUUACAUCGCAUCAAGUUCACUAUCAUAAA